AUGUUCCUUCCCGAGGACCUUCUGUUCAAGUCGGGCCAGCUUGCUCGCGUCUGGCUCGCCGCCAACCAGCACAAGAAGCUCACCAAAGCUCAAGUCUUGCAGGACAAGAUCGAUGAAGACAUCCAGGUCAUCAUCCGGCCCGAGGGAGCUGCUGGUGGGCCUUUGGCGCUGCGAUUGAACGGCCAGCUAUUACUCGGUGUCGUGCGCAUCUACCACAGGAAGGCGCACUACCUGCACGAUGACUGCAACGACGCGCUGUGGAAGAUCAAGAUGGCCUUCCGCCCAGGCAACAUCGAUCUGCCCGCUCAGACACACAUCGCCAACCCGACCAGCCUGACAUUGCCAGAUAUGAUCACGGAUCUUGACCUGUUGGCGCCCAUGCCUGACCCAUCGCUGCUGUUGUCGCAAACCCUUGACGGAGAUCUUACCUUUGGAAAUACCACAUUGCCAGAUUGGGACGCCAGCCAGUUCCUCUCCAACAGCGUCGAGCAACCCCGCCACGAAGAGUUGGAACUGCAAGACAUGGACGACCUCGAGAUCGAUCUGGGAGAGGACCUGGGCCCGGAGGUAGAGAUCGGACGUGACGCGCCGUCUGAGCUACCUAGAGACAACGACUUCGAGACGGACCUCAAGCUGAACGAUGACGAACUUGACUUUGAAGUAGAUCUUGGCGAAGGCUUGACUGAUCUGCCAGCUGCUGGAGGCACUGAACUCAACAUUGGCGUAGACACUAUUAUGGGCGGCAUGGACACAGAUCUUCCGCUCCCAUUGCCCGAGGAUGACGUUCCUCAGCUCACCCGCGAAGACUCUCCGUUGUCCGAAUUGGACGCGGACGAAGAGACUCGUCUCGCACAGGAAGUUUCCGAGCGGGAUCCAACUAUGGUUGAGCCCGAGCAGGAAGAAGAAUCGAUUCACCAGGCCAGAGCCAAGCGCAGAAAGGUCAUCACACAGGAUGCUGAGACCAUGAUAUCGACCGCUCAACUCAGGGAUCAACAAGCAAACCGCGAGAAAAUUUUGAAACAGGCCUCCUUCCUUCCCCGCGAUCCGCUUCUGAUGGCUCUUCUUAACAUGCAGAGAUCCGGGGGCUUCGUCUCGAGCAUCCUCGGCGACGGUCGCAGUCAAGGCUGGGCUCCUGAGCUGCGAGGCAUCCUGUCGCUGGAAGUUGUCUCGCGGCCUAGUAAGCGUAAGCGAGACGGGGCUGCCGCUGGGCUGGAACAGGCUGAGGAGGAGGAAGAGGAGGAGGGCGGUAUUCCACAACUCGACAUCGAGCAGGAUGAGCCCACGCUGGGAGGCGAUGCCUUCGAUGUAGGCGGCACAACAAUCGCCGAUGAUGGAAGCAUUAUCCAACUUCCCAGCGAUAUUGGUGCGCGUCCGGAAGAGGAGGACGAAGAUGCGUUCUCGCCUGUCCCUGACAACUUCGACGACACAACCGCCCCGCUCUACCACCCAGCUGAGAGUGGCCCUAUCUCGCUUGGCACCAAACACGCCGUUCAUCUUCUGCGAGAACAGUUUGGACCCGAGGCGGAAGAGAGCGAGUCGAUACGACAGAAGAACACCAUCGUUUUUCAGGAGCUGCUUCCCGAGGCCCAAACAUCGAGAGCCGACGCCACUAAGAUGUUUUUUGAAGUCUUGGUUCUUGCCACAAAAGACGCCAUCAAGGUCGAGCAAUCAGGGACCGAGCUUGGAGGACCCCUUCGCAUCCGCGCAAAGCGCGGUCUUUGGGGACAGUGGGCUGAGACUGCUGCAAGCGGCGAGCUGGCAUCUCAGAGUCAAGCUAUUGCGCAGACAACAGCAGUUGACUCCCUCGCUGAAGGUAUCCUUGCUGGCCCAGCAGAGGUAUCUGUCUCCGCGUAA